AUUGGAGAGAUACUAGUCAAAAAUUUCUUCUAUAUAUACAUGGUGGUGGUUUUGUUUAUGGAGACAUUGAACUUUAUUCAGGUUAUGAAUGUUAUCUAUCUCGUGAAUAUCAUAUGCCUGUUAUACAUAUUGAAUAUGGCCUUGCUCCAGAACAUAAGAUAUUUUCGGCUCUCGAUGAUGUUAUUACUGUCUAUAUGUCAUUGUUAAAAUAUGAUUCUAAUAUUAAUAAACGUAUGAUUGGUAUGGGUGAUUCUUCAGGUGGUUUACUAUGGCUUCGUCUUAUUCAGAUAAUUGUUGAACAAAAACAAUCAGUUCCACUUGCACUUGUUUUAUUAUCACCAUGGGUUGAUAUAAGUUUUCUUGAUAUUGAACAUGAUACUCAAACAGAACAAAAACGUAUUUUAUUUUCACUUCAAUUAAUACUUAAUUUACGUGAACAAAUAUUUAAUAUUGAUCAGAAUCCAGCAGGUAUCGAUUAUUAUGAACAAUAUAAUCAACAAUUAGAUACAAUAAAUCCAAAAGAACAUUCAUUCAAAGAUUUUCCUCCACUUUAUGUAAGUGUUGGUACUGAAGAAUUAUUUUUAUGGGAUGCAACAAUAUUAAAAAACAAAAUUCUUGAAAAUAAUGGUCAAAUAAUAUUAGAAGAAGGUUAUGGUUUAAUGCAUACUUAUCCAAUGUUUCAUUUAUGGUCAACCGAAGCACAAUGUGCACAAAAAAAUAUACGAAUAUUUAUAGAACAAUUUUAA